AUGGGUAGGCGUAAGAGGCUAUGCAUCACCUCAAUUGAUAUCCCUAUUGACAGUGAGAUACAUGAUCAAAGUUCUGAGUUUUCUAAAACUGAUAUCCCUACUGAAGGAGACCAAUCAGAUCAUCCACAAACUACUGAAGGAGGCCAGUCUACUGCUGAAGAACACAACUCUACUGAAGGAGGUCAAUCAGGUGCUCAAAAGAAGGUAAGGGGCUAUACUCAAAAGACCGAGACAUGGAACAUGAGUAGCUCCCAAAAAAUAGUAGUGACAUUUAAUAGGUUCGGAAAACCGGUAGGAGAUGAAGGAAAUGAACUCGUACAAUAUCUUGGGACCCUUGUGAGGAUGGCUAAUCAUGUCGGAAUAGAUUAUGAUGAUUGGAGGAAGAUCCCUAUACAGAAGAAAGAAGAUAUGUAUUCUAUGGUUAAGGCCAAGUUUGUUAUUCAUCCGGUUGAAACAAGUGAAAUCAAGAAAUGGAUCCUUUUUAGCAUGGGGAAAAAGUGGAGGACUUGGAAAGGUUCACUAAAAGCACGUGCAUAUGAUUCAAGUCUUACAAUCGAUCAAAUUGUGGCACAACAAACUGAGAAAGAUAACAGGGUGAACCCAACUCAGUUUAAAAAACUUGUUACUCAUUGGUUUACUCCAGAAUAUCAGAGCAUGUGUGAUUUGAGGAGAAAGAGCCGUGCAAAGAUGGAAGAGCCCCAUGUUUCUGGGACAAAAUCAUUUGCUCGACUUGCUCACGAAGAGACUUCCCUACAAGCCAUUGCAAGUGAUUCCUCAAAUACCCAAGGAUCAAAUACCCUAGGAUCUGUAGAUGAUUUUUCAAAUGAUGACUACUCUAAAGUUAAAGGUCCUGAAAAAAGAGGGUAUAUCAGAUGUGUUGGAAGGAUACCUACCGUAAAAGAGAAGGUUGUUUCUUGUUCUAAUGAUCCGAGUGUCGAACAACUAAAAACUAUGGUGAACGUUAUGGCAAAUAUCAUCCAAGAACAUAUCCCAAAUGCAAACUUGUCUGGAAUUCUUAGCAAUAUGAACAUACAGAUGCCAAGCAACACUUCUACAUGUCCACGUAACUCUAAUUCAGUUAACCAGAGAGCAUCUUCUGAAAGUCAUCAUAAUGAUGGGAAUUGCUAG